AUUCUACUAGAAAAAACUGUUCAGUUAUUUCUUUGAUAUCCUAACAUUCAUCUAGAUUUAAUACGGAACAGAUUGAGUCAGUGUUUUUGUUUUUUUGAAGUAAAAAAUGUGCUCACCUACUCUUGCACGUAACAUUUCAAUUUAAAUCGACUGUGUAUCCGAACGCGUUUCUUCAGCGUCAUAAAAAUUGUGUCAGUGUGCAUUGUAACAUAACAAACCAGACUGGCUUGUGUAUAUUUGUGUCUGUAAUUGUAUUCACAUAAUACUACGAUUCUUCAGUUUUUGUGCACAGUGCUGUGUAGUUGGGAAACGAACAUUAAUUGUCAGAAACAGUCUCACCUUGAUACUAAUUUAGUUUCAAGCGCAGCUUCUCAGUGCGAGCGUUUGUUUACACUGCCCAUCCUUAUCGUUUGUGAUAAAAGUGCAAGAUACCGUGACCAAAAUUCUACGUGCAUUUGUGACCUCUCCUCAUUUCAUCAGUGACUAAAGAAAGAAAGUUAAAUAAAAAUGGGUAUAUUCUGCCAAAUUAAUUUAAAACAACCACCCGAAGGCGUAUACCAUGGAGGAGAUCACGUCUCUGGAGUGGUCAAGUAUGCAGUGGACGAACCUAUGGAAGUUGAGAAGAUUACUGUCUCAUUAAAGGGAAUUGGUCGAGUGAUACUUCGUAAGAAAGCCGGCAAACACAACAAAAGAUUUGAUGGCAGAGAAGUUUACGUAGAUACAGACCACAUAUUACCUGAAGGUAACUGCACCUUGCAUGGUAAUUACGAGAUACCAUUCAGCUUCAGAUUACCCGAAAAGAUACCAAGUUCCAUAGAAUACACCAAGUGCCAUAGCCCAUAUCGCGUUAAAUGUUACAUCAAAUAUUACGUUCGAUUGAAAUUCGAAAAGCCGGGUUGGUUUACCUUCGAUAAUCAUUUCCGUAAAAAACUUACCGUCGCUUCUCCUGUUGCACCCGAAAUGUCCAUGGAACCUAUCAUUUAUGGAGAAAGAAGCCAACUACUGCAACUGUUCUCGAGCAAAACUAGUACAUUAAUCAUGAAAGCAGAAAUUCUCAACUCCGUAAUACCAAAAGGUGGUAAAAUUCAGAUUAAGUCGGAGAUACAAAAUGAUACUAAUAUCGUGGUGAAUAGUGUUAAAAUUCAAUUGAUGGAGGUGAUUAAAGUGAAGGCAAGAGGACAUGAAGAAGUAAAGUUUUACGAUGAAAUACCUGAGUGUGAGAGUAAGACAGGCACCAUCCAAUCAGAAGCGACUCAAAUAAUGCCAAUUGAUAUCAUAGUUCCAGAUAAUAGAAUUUCUUUACAAAAUUCUGAGAUAAUAUCUCGAAAUUUUGUUGUAAAAAUUACGGUUGACCUGCCAAUGCCUCAUAGAGAUGUCGUUUUAGAGAUACCAGUACAGAUUGGUGAUUACUAUGAGCGAGAUAAUCUGUCACCAGAUUUACCUGAUAAAAAUUGGAUGUCGAGGGUUGGUGAUGUAGGUGCAGCAUCGGCAAGCGCGGCUGAUGAUCCUCCUCCCACGUAUUGGGAGGCUAUGGGUGAAGGAAAGAAAGACGAUGAGUCAAGUACUGAUGAUGACAGCGAUGACGAAAAGAAAAGGAAGUCUUAAGGAGAAAGGUAUACGGUAUAAUUUUAAAUAAAAUGUCGAAACAACGCUAAUUUAGUGGCUUACUUUAUGUACUGAAAAAUGUAUUUAUUAUCUUUGUAGUGCCUAUAUAAUUGUGCCUAAAUUAGAAAUUGAGAUAAUAACAAUUUUGAGUGCAAUGUUUCGAUUUUGUCAAUAAUUUUCUUUCAUCGAGUAGGAAUUCGAAAAAUAGGUUUAGCCAUUUCCGAGUUUUGCACUUAAUAACAUAUUUUUUAUUGUUCUUGUAUCAUGACUAAUGUCUUAAUAGAUCUGUGAAAUUACGCUCGACAUGCGAAUGUUCUCGAAGAUGUUUUUUUAAAUGAUUUCGUUACGUAAUAUCCUGUAGAUAAUAUCAUGAUGUGCAUUUAUUUUUUAUUGACUGUCUCGAUACGUAGUAGUUGUGAGGUACCAAACAAAAAUAUUUGUGUUGCGAUUGCCACCAAUUGUAGGAAUUAUUUUCAGUAUAAACAUAUUUCGACCAUGUAACAAAAUAAAUAAUGUAAUAUAAUAACAUUUUAAUAAUUUAACGAUACUUAAUUACUUUUUGACGGGUACUUAAUUGUUCAUAUUUUUAAGAAAUGUUUAUGAUAAUUUACUGGCAACUAAUAUGACGUCACAAUACAUAGACGAAUAGCGAAAUAGGCUAGUUUCCUACCAGCCAAAUUCAAUACUUUUUUCGAAACGUCAAAAACGAUGUUAUGUUCUAUGAAAUAAUGCGUUAUGACGACAUCAGAUUUUUCGUCAAAUAGACUUAUAUCUAAAAAAAUGCUAAAUAAAUUCGAAAAUUAAGGAGAUCAUCAAAUGUAUGAAUAAAGGUAUGAUUAUUUUUUAAUAUUAUAUUGUAUAGAAUUAUCGAAAAUCCCAAUUGUUUUAAUUUAAUAAAUAGAUAUUAAUUAUUGUAUUUGACAUUGAGAAAAAAUCUUAGUUACAUAUACUAAAAAUACUGGCCAUUAUUAAAAAGUAGAUUCUAUAUUAGAUAUGUUAUGUACAAUGCGACAAAUACUUGGUUAUGUGCUUAUCCAUUAGAAAAAUUAAUGGUGCGAUAUUAUGUUAUCCUUGUAAUUUUUAAGGGCCUGUUUCACAAUAGCUGAGUGGUCGCUAUCUGCCGUAUUCAAAAACUUUUAAUGAUCACUUAAACUAUGCUUUCGUAUCGAUCUUAUUUCAAAAACUUUUUUUUUUUGGGACUGAGUUAAGUGACCUGUAUAUUUAUUUAGUUUUUAUAAAAACGAACCACCGCUAAACCACACUAGAAUUUUCUUUUGUGUCGUGGGUGCGUUUACAAAUACAUAUACAAGUUCGCAAACACAUGACACUCAAUCCAGAAACAACAAUUUGUGGAUGACAAAAAGAGUUACUCUAAGUGGGAAUCGAACCCAGCAGUUGCCCGGCCACCGCACCAGGCAUGCAAUCAAAUAUCAACAUCGCCAAAGAGUCAAAGACAAUUAAUGACUCUAGGUACGGCUGUAAUUUGCCAGAUUUAGAAUUCACAACGUAAUUUCUAUCGACUAUCUGUCACAUAAGUUUAUCAGGUACUUAUAUGCAUAGUGGUCAAAAACAGGCGACAAUAAAUCUCACGAUUAAUUAACAAAUGUUAAUUGGUACUUAUUAAUUCUUUUUCUAAUUUGUAAUAAUGCAUUUAAUGACGUUAAUGACGUUACCGGUAUUGACUGUUAAUGAUGUCUAUUUUGUACUUUAUUUCUUAAGUGAUAUGAUUUAGAUUCCAUUGUUCGUUACAUAAUAAUAGAUAUUAAAAUUGUAUUAAGGAAAAA